CCGCGUGGGAAGGCGGAAGUGCACGGCGGGGCGAAGAGCGCCUGGGUCUGUGGUCGUGGGAUCUGGUGGGAGGCCGAGCUCGCCAUGGCGGCCGGGGCCGGGGCCAUUUCUGCCGCAGCCCCGUCGCUGGUGGAUCGCUACUUCACCCGCUGGUACAAGGCCGAUGUGAAGGGAAAGCCGUGUGAGGAUCACUGUAUAUUGCAGCACUCUAACAGAAUCUGUGUGAUCACAUUGGCAGAAUCUCAUCCGCUUCUUCAAAAUGGAAAAACAAUUAAGAGCAUUAACUACCAAAUCAGUGCCAGCUGUAGCAGACUGCAGAACAAGGUUUCUGGGAAGUUUAAACGGGGGGCACAAUUUCUAACAGAACUUGCACCUCUUUGUAGGAUAUCUUGUUCAGAUGGAGAAGAAUAUACUGUGUCAAGCUGUGUCAGAGGACGGUUGAUGGAGGUGAAUGAAAAUAUUCUAGAUAAGCCAUCCAUUUUGCAGGAAAAGCCAUCCACUGAGGGUUAUAUUGCUGUCGUGCUACCCAAAUUUGAAGAAAGCAAGAGCGUCACUGAGGGAUUAUUGACACGAAAAGAAUAUGAAGAAGUCGUGGUGAAACGAAUUAAUAACAGAUCAGAAACAUCAUGAAGAUAGAUGAAAUCAAAAGAAACAAAUUUACAUGUGUUAAAGGACCAACUGCUGUCGACCAUGACUGGACAAGAAAGUGGUGGAACAGUCCUCUCCAUAGUGUGGGAUGGCUCUGCUUCAGUUCCUGGCCACUUGGGUAUUGGUGGUCUUUGCCAGUUCAUCUUGAUUUAUUAGGUCAUCUUUCUCUCCCUCUUAGAUUGGCUCUGUCCCAGUAUGCCCCAUUUCUCCCUAGCUCUUUUCACUUACUCAAACACAACAUAAACAGUUGGGAAACUGCACACACUAUUUCCUAAAUACUUUGUUUUUAUUUUAUGUUCACUUUGGUGAAACAAAAGACACUCCCCCUCCCCUCAGGCCUCCUCCCUUACCAGUUUCACCAGAACAUUUAGACAAGGUAGUAUACUUUGCCCAAGGACACUUCUUUUUUUAGUGUUUUUUUGGGGGGGGAGGGGAAGGCAGGGCAGUUGGGGUUAAGUGACUUGCCCAAAGUCACACAGCUAGUAAGUGUGUUAAGUGUCUGAGGCUGAAUUUGAACUCAGAUCCUCCUGACUCCAGGGCUGGUGCUCCACUCACUGUGCCACCUAGCUGCCCCCCAAGGACGCUUCUUGAUUGCCUGAACUGGAAGAGUAGAGAUUGGGAACUGAGAAGAGGUAGAAACUAGACUUCUUUCUCCUUGUUUACUUAUUUUUUGACCAGACCUAUGAUUUUAUCAGUGUGGGGAGCUUUCAGUGAGGAUUUCUCACUCUCAUUGCAGAUGGCCACAUGCCCUUCAGCUUAAAGAGCCUAAAAAAGCUGCUUGGGGUCCCAAGAGGUUAGGGAUGUUACCAAGCUAAAAUUGUCUGUGUCAGAGGCAGAACUUGAAUCCAGGUCUUCCUGUCUCUAAGCCCAGCUCUUUCUGUCCAUCAUGCUAUUUCCCUUGUCAUCAGAUCUUCAGUAAAGCUUUUUUUAUGUCUGUUCCUCCCUUGUUUCUGGGGUGUCCUCUCUCAUCUUGGCCCAGAGCCGAGACUCUGAGAUUUAAGUAUGUGAAUUCUUGCCACCAGCAGCUGUGGCGCUGAAUUGGCCCAAGAUGGCCAAAUGCCCCGGAGAGUGAAAAGAUUACAUGGGCCAGGCAGGAGAGUAUAGGACAGCUCUGUUUAUUAAGCUGAAGAAAAGGGCUUAUAUACCUUUUUAGGCAAGCAGAUCAACAAAUUCAUGUGCGAGACAUUUGUUACAUUGCAUGGCUUGCUUAUGCUUUGUUCUCCUUUUGCUGAAAACAAUACUGUGUUAAUAGCCUACAGGUGGGGUUUAGCAGUGUGUGCCAUGGAGGUUUUGGAGAGCCCACUGCUGAGUUAUCAACCCAAGGGCAAGAACAGGCUUCAGGGAAAACCUGGCCUGUAUCCUAUCCCAGAAUGGACUUUCUCAGAGCUGGCCCUCUACAGAUUCUCACUAAAGUCGGUAGCAAAAUAGUUUUAGUGCAUAUGAAAGUACUAUAAAAAGUAUAAAAUGCUAUCCAUUGUGUAAUGAUUGAGUGUUCUUUUUUGGGGGGUGGGGGGUGGGUCUUGAUCGAUGCUGUUGGUUGAAGAAACUCCCUUUACAAAGGCAGAUAUGGCAGCUUAGAGUAUUAAAAGUUGCUAAAGGCCCUGAGAGGUUCAGUGACUUGCCCAGGGAUCUAAAGCCUGUAUUUGUAGCUGGGACUUUGAGGCCAGCUCCCUAUACACUGUACCAGGUUGCUUCUCACUGGUAAAAUAGGAUAAUUCAAUCUUUGAGCAUUUACUACAUGUGUACUUUAUAAGCAUAUCCGAGGCUGUAGGCAUACCAAUGUUUUUUAAACCUCAAGUGUCUUGAGUAGAUUUUUAGGGGAGAAUUUAUCAUGUAAUUGGUUUAGUGAAAUGCUGAAUUUUAGAGCUGGGAAGGGGCAUUGGAGGUUAUGUUCAUCUGUAAAAAGUCAUCUGUGAAACAAGAGGUCAUUUAGUCUAACCCUCUUAUUUUACAGAUGAAGAACGAGAUUCAGAUGGGGGAAAUGGCUUGCCCAAUAUUAUACAGUUGGCAUAUGUAGGACUAGAACCCAGAUCCUCUGACUCUCCACAGUUGUUGAAAUCUACACAUUUUAGGAAAACUCAAAGAGAAAGUGAAUGAUGAGUUCUAGGAGUUGAGUGUGGAGACUUUGUUAUGCAGAGGCAUGGGAGAAAAUCUGGGUUCUGAACAAAGGUGGAUGUAGGUGAAAAUCCUACAGUUGGUAAAGUGUUACAAAAAUAUUCACAGUACUACAAUGCCCAGAAUACUACAGAUCUGGCCCCCAUAUCUUUUCUUGUGGGUUGCCAAAUGCAUUGUUUUAUUAAUGGAUUUUCUCCAUGGAAAUGUAUCUCCAGCUGUAAUAUGGAGAACUCAGGCUGUGGGAAAAAUUUCACUACAACAAGUUCAGUUGGAACAUAUUUAUUCCAUUAAGUAAUACCCGUAAACAGCGAUUUAAUAAUAAUAUAGGCAUAUUCCAAAAUAAAUGAUUUCUAGAGAUUUAAGAUAUUGCAAAGCAAUGUCAAAAACAUUAAGUAUGAUACUACAAACUGUAAACAUGUAAGCAGAACAUAACUAAUGCGGUAUGUCAGAGGUUCUCAAGAACAUCUUCAUAGCUAUUUCUUUGGACCGAUGAUUCAUUAAGACAUUCUGGAGAAAUGAUUUCAAUUCUUAAAUAAAUGUUAGCAGUGAUACACAUGCCCAUUACAAAGUCACACUGAAGUUAAAGUUUUGAAAACUACCAUGGCAUUUAUUAGAUGCUAAGAAUUGUCACAGCAAAUUUGGUAAUAUGAAAUCUUUAUGGGAAGGGAAAAAAAACAA